AACAGUGUUUCGCUUACGUUAACCUCACCUAGGGAUCCUGGAACGCGUUUCUCUGAACUCUUCGGGCAAAGCAGCGCGAGAAGGGAGGGGAGAGGGAGAUCAGCCGAGAGGAUGGGUUGGCUUGCGGACAGCUUGGAUUCCAUCCGUACUCUUCAGAUCAGGCACGUCCUCACCCAGAUCGUCAGCCUCGGUAUGAUCGUGACAUCGGCUCUCAUCAUAUGGAAAGGAUUGAUGUGUGUGACUGGAAGCGAAUCUCCCGUCGUGGUCGUUCUCUCCGGAAGCAUGGAACCCGGAUUCAAGAGGGGUGAUAUUCUCUUUCUUCACAUGAGUAAGGAUCCUAUUCGAGCUGGAGAAAUAGUUGUAUUCAAUGUUGACGGACGUGAAAUUCCAAUUGUUCAUCGUGUAAUCAAGGUUCAUGAGCGGCAGGAUACUGGAGAAGUCGAUAUUCUUACAAAAGGGGAUAAUAAUUUUGGUGAUGAUAGGCUUCUCUAUGCCCAUGGUCAGCUCUGGCUCCAGCGUCAUCACAUCAUGGGCCGUGCUGUAGGGUUUCUACCAUAUGUUGGUUGGGUUACAAUUAUCAUGACUGAGAAACCAAUUAUUAAGUACUUGCUGAUUGGUGCUCUGGGAUUGCUGGUCAUAACGUCCAAGGAGUAGAACUGUUGCAGUCGCAGAGGAAUCUAUGGAUAACAUUUAACAUGCGCGGCUACUAAGAUUAUUAUGAUCUUCAUGUUGAUGUUAGAAAGGAAUAUUAGAUCACUCUCCAGUUCAAUGCUUUUAACAUCUGGAUUUUGUGGACCUAGAAAAAAAAAAGGUUUAGCUUUUCUCUGUCCAACGUUUUAAUUCCUCGAUACAAUGCCACCAUAAAUUUUGCCGUA